AUGUUCAGAAGCGCCCUUCGCCAGAGCGCCCGCGUGGCCACCGUCGCCGCUGCUUCGUCGAGAAUUUCAGCUGUACGUUUCAACAAGCUCCAACCACUCGCCGUCACCUCGCCUGCGACUACAAGCUCGAGAACCACGCUAUACCUGACCAACAUUGGGUCCGACAACCAUCAUUGGACCUGUCGCCACCUCCAAUGGGCCCGCGCUGUCGCUCCCGUCUCUUCCAUCCUCGAGCAGAGAAUCCGCGGUGUCCAGGAGGAGUCUGGUCUCGCCGAGACCGGCCGUGUCCUUUCCGUCGGUGAUGGUAUCGCCCGUGUUCACGGUAUGGCCAACGUCCAGGCCGAGGAGCUCGUCGAGUUCGCCUCCGGUGUCAAGGGCAUGUGCAUGAACCUCGAGGCCGGCCAGGUUGGUGUCGUUCUUUUCGGUUCUGACCGUCUCGUCAAGGAGGGUGAGACCGUCAAGCGUACCGGAGAGAUUGUCGACAUUCCCGUCGGUAUGGAGCUUCUCGGCCGUGUCGUCGACGCUCUCGGUAACCCCAUCGAUGGCAAGGGCCCCAUCAAGUCCACCGAGAGACGCCGUGCUCAGCUCAAGGCUCCCGGUAUUCUUCCCCGCCAGUCCGUCUCGCAGCCCGUCCAGACUGGUCUCAAGUCCGUCGACGCCAUGGUUCCCAUCGGCCGUGGUCAGCGUGAGUUGAUCAUUGGUGACCGUCAGACUGGUAAGACUGCCGUCGCUCUUGACGCCAUGCUCAACCAGAAGCGUUGGAACAACACCUCCGACGAGUCUAAGAAGCUUUACUGCGUCUACGUCGCCGUCGGUCAGAAGCGUUCCACCGUCGCUCAGCUCGUCCAGACUCUUGAGGAGAACGACGCCAUGAAGUACUCUAUCAUCGUUGCCGCCACCGCCUCCGAGGCCGCUCCCCUUCAAUACAUCGCCCCCUUCACUGGUUGCACCAUGGGAGAGUACUUCCGUGACAACGGCAAGCACGCCGUCAUCAUCUACGACGAUCUGUCCAAGCAGGCCGUUGCUUACCGUCAAAUGUCGCUCCUCCUCCGUCGUCCUCCCGGUCGUGAGGCUUACCCCGGUGACGUUUUCUACCUCCACUCUCGUCUCCUCGAGCGUGCUGCCAAGAUGAACGACAAGCUCGGUGGUGGUUCGCUCACUGCCCUGCCCAUCAUUGAGACCCAGGGUGGUGAUGUCUCCGCUUACAUUCCCACCAACGUCAUUUCCAUCACUGACGGUCAAAUCUUCUUGGAGGCUGAGCUCUUCUACAAGGGUAUCCGUCCCGCCAUUAACGUCGGUCUUUCCGUCUCGCGUGUCGGUUCCGCCGCUCAGCUCAAGGCCAUGAAGCAAGUCGCCGGUUCGCUCAAGCUCUUCUUGGCCCAGUACCGUGAGGUCGCCGCCUUCGCCCAGUUCGGUUCCGAUCUUGAUGCCGCCACCAAGCAGACCCUGUCCCGUGGUGAGCGUCUUACCGAGCUCCUCAAGCAGAAGCAGUACAGCCCCAUGGCCGUCAACGAGAUGAUCCUCCAGUGGGAGGCUGACUUCCUCAACCACCUCCGCACCAACGAGAAGACCAUCCUUGACCAGAUUGACAAGGAGGGUGCUCUCAGCAAGGACCUCGAGGCCAAGCUCAAGGAUGUCAUCAAGAGCUUCACCUCCAGCUUCUCGUAA